AUGGCAAGAGAAGAGCAAGACAGCUUCGUAAAACCACAAGAGCAGGAGAACCCGGGCACAGCUAACGGCCACGAUCCCGCGCAAACGGGCUACGAUCCCGAGUCCCCCUGGACAAACAUCUACAACAUCCUCACCGGGCGCAUGACGCCCAUAGGGCAACACUACUUCCGCGAAGACAAAUACAUCCAGAACGAAGCGCGCGACUGCAAGAGCUGCGACGAGUGGCGGGAUUGGUGUUUCAAAUACUCACCCACGGUCAUCUUCCUGAGGAAGAAUAUUGAGGCGUUGAAUGGGGAUCUGAAUGCGAAGAAUGUGCGGUGUAGACGGUGUCCGACACGGAGGACGGAGGACGGAGGAUUUGUGAGGCAGGGAGGAGGGUUUAGUCCGGAUCAUGGGAUACUUAUUUGUGCGAAUGAGAUGCGGGAUAGGAAGCAUUUGGAGGAUACCCUGGCGCAUGAGAUGGUGCAUGCGUGGGAUCAUUUGAGGUGGAAGGUUGAUUGGGCGGAUUUGAGGCAUGCGGCUUGUACUGAGAUCCGGGCGUCAAGUCUAAGUGGAGAGUGCAGAUUCAUGAGAGAGUUUUGGACGAGGAAUAAUUGGAAGCUUACACAGCAACAUCAGAAUUGUGUACGAACGAGGGCGGUGAAGUCUGUUAUGGCAAGACCGGCAUGCAAAGAUGAUGUACAGGCAGUGAAAGUUGUGAAUGAGGUCUGGGAUUCGUGCUUCUCAGAUACCCGACCGUUUGAUGAAAUUUAUAGAUGAGCCACGACUCUCUUGUACAAACAAUUAGAAGCUCUGGGAAAUGGGCCACAGGCAGUGUUUGAAAGC